CUCCGCCAGGGGAAGAGCUCCCACCCAGCCGUCCAGCAGCCCAUCCGCCUCCUCCUCGUCGUCCUCCUCUUGCUCGGCAGCAGCAGCAGCGGCGGCAGCAGCAGCAGGUGGCCGGGCGAUGGGCCGAGGGGCCGCGCAGAUGCUGGCGCUGCUGCUCCUGGGGCUGCUGCCCUGGGGCCCCGGCGGGGAGGGCAGGAAGAGCUGGAGGCGCCGCGGGCAGAGCCCCCACCAGCACCAGCACCAGCCUCGCAGCCAGCCCGCGGGGGCAGCAGCGGCGUCGACGGCGCCCCGGGGCCGCAGCGAGGCCUCGGGGCCCCCCGUGGAGAGCUUCCCCUUGGACUUCACGGCCGUGGAGGGAAACAUGGACAGCUUCAUGGCCCAGAUCAAGAGCCUGGCGCAGUCGCUGUACCCCUGCUCCGCCCAGAACCUGCACCAGGAGCUCCGGCUCCACUUCCUGCACAACGCCUCCGCCGCCGCCUGCAACGACGGCAGCCCCGCCGGCUACUACCUCAAAGAAUCAAAAGGCAGUAGAAGAUGGCUGCUAUUCCUGGAAGGAGGCUGGUACUGCUUUAACAGAGAGAACUGCAACACUCGGUAUGAAACAAUGAGGAGACUUAUGAGCUCAAAGGACUGGCCCUCUACAAGAACUGGAACGGGCAUUCUGUCAUCACAACCAGAGGAAAAUCCACACUGGUGGAAUGCAAACAUGGUUUUCAUCCCAUAUUGCUCAAGCGACGUCUGGAGUGGAGCCUCUGCCAAGACUGAGAAAAUGGACUUUGUCUUCAUGGGUGCUCUUAUCAUACAAGAGGUUGUAAAGGAGCUGGUGGGAAAAGGUCUUGGGAAUGCCAAGGUGUUGUUGCUGGCAGGAAGCAGUGCUGGUGGAACAGGGGUGCUCUUGAAUGUGGACCAAGUGGCUGAACAGCUGGAACAGCUGGGAUAUCCUGGGAUUCAGGUCCGUGGUCUUGCAGACUCUGGCUGGUUCUUGGAUAAUAAACAGUACCGUAGAACUGACUGCAUUGAUACCAUUACCUGCGCCCCCACAGAAGCCAUCAGGAGAGGAAUUAGAUAUUGGAAUGGACUUGUUCCAGAACGCUGCAAAAUGCAGUUUAAAGAGGGAGAAGAAUGGAAUUGUUUCUUUGGCUAUAAAAUUUAUCCCACUCUCAGAUCUCCUGUUUUUGUGGUUCAGUGGCUCUUUGAUGAAGCCCAGCUGACUGUGGACAACGUGCAUUUGACUGGUCAGCCAGUACAGGAAGGACAGUGGCUUUACAUUCAGAAUUUGGGCCGUGAGCUGAGGAACACACUCAAGGACGUGGCAGCCAGCUUUGCUCCAGCAUGUUUGUCUCAUGAGAUCAUCACACGCAAUCACUGGACAGACAUCCAAGUAAAAGGGACCUCUUUACCUCGCGCUCUGCACUGCUGGGACCGUAGCCUCCAUGACAGCAACAAGAACGGGAAGGCUCCAUUGAAAGGAUGUCCAAUCCAUCUGAUUGACAGCUGUCCCUGGCCACAUUGCAACCCCUCAUGCCCUACCAUCCGGGAUCAGUACACAGGACAAGAGAUGAAUGUGAUCCAGUUCCUGAUGCAUAUGGGCUUUGAUGUGCAGAAGAUGGCACAGCAGCAAGGUCUGGAGCCCAGUAAACUUCUGGGUAUGCUGAGCAGUGGGAGCUAGGAGAGUUCUCUUUACGGAGGACUGUGUGUGACUGCAUAAGGAGUGGGAGCCUUUUAGCUCCACUCUCAAACUUGUCUGUCCUUCGUGCUCAUUUGCAUCACAUAAACAUCUACCCAGACACACAGGCAAAGGCAUGCAUGCACUCCUCUUGCACAGUUAAUAUGUUAGGAUAAAAGGAACAGGAGCUUGCCAACACCAUUUCAUUGUAAUAUUACCUCUACUUCAGGGGGCAGUCUCAGUCCAAACGCAAACCCCUGCUUGCAAUAAUUCACUUACAGUCUGCAGAGAGCGGUAAGUGCAUAGAAAUAUCAGUAGAAGAACCCCGACCAGCUUAAAUGGACUUUUACCUUUUCUAAGAUGUUUUCACAUCAUGGAAUGGGAAGAGGGGGAGGAAGGGAAGCACUGAAUUAGUUGUUCAUGUAGGAGUUAAGGUAUGAUGACGCAAUUUAUUGGAGGCCAGCAUCUUGCAGUGUAACAUAACAUACAACCUAAGCACACAGGCUAGAAAACGGACUUAAUCUUAUACUCAAUUUACUUUUGUAUUAUUUUAUAAAAUGAUUUUUAUUACUUAAUUUUUAAAGAAAUAAGCAAGAAAUAUAAGAUUAAUGAUAUUGUUUUGUAACAUAUUUUUUUAAAUAAUGAAAAGAAAAACAACUUGUGCUAUUUUGGCAAUGUGAAAAUAUUUAUUUUUAAUAUGUAAAAGCUAUUUAUAAGGGCUGACCCAAGAUAUGCUCACAUGUUGUUGUAAAGUUGUAAAUACUUCUCCUUUGGAAAGGUUUUCCUUCUGAUCAUGUGUGUUUGGGAGAGGGCAAAGGUCAGCAGUGGCAUUGUUAUUAUAAUUUCUAUUAGAUCCCCAUGA